GUUGCUAUAAAAGAGGAGAAUCUCUUAACGGUCCUUCUUCUUAGAAUCUUGGACAUAAUCUUGGUAUCACGCGCGUACCUUAAUAAUUGAUUUAUCUUUUUAAGAACGGACCUGAACACUCGGAGCAUCAUGACAGUAGUGGGCUGCACAAAGUGCAUUAAAUUCAUGCUAUUUUUCUUUAACUUUGUUUUCUGGUUGGCUGGAGGUGUGAUCUUGGGAGUGGCUCUAUGGCUUCGUCAUGACAACCAGACCAGCAGUCUUCUCAUGCAGCAGUUUGAAGAUCAGCAGGCUCCCAGCACCUUCUAUAUCAGUGUGUACAUCCUGAUAGCUGUGGGAGCUGUGAUGAUGUUUGUAGGGUUCCUUGGUUGCUACGGUGCCAUCCAGGAAUCUCAGUGUCUCCUUGGAACGUUCUUUUUCAUGUUGGUGUGCCUGUUCGCCUGUGAGGUGGCUGCUGGGAUUUGGGGAUUCAGUAACCGAGACACAAUCGCCAAGGAGAUGAUAAACUUUUACGAUGCGGCGUACAUCAAGUCAGUGGACGUCGUAGACUCUCCCAGCAAAACAGCUGCUAUCAAAGUCCUGGAGGUGUUCCACGAGACGCUGGACUGCUGUGGCAAAGGAGAUGACUCCCCCUUAUUCGUACAAGUAACCGGAGCCCUGUGUCCCAAGAAGAGCCUGGAAGAUGCCCUGUUGAAACCUUCGAACUGUCAUCUGAAACUGAAAGAUCUGUUCUCUGAGAAGCUCUACCUGAUUGGUCUAGUUGCCCUGGCGGUCGCUGUCAUCAUGAUCUUUGAGAUGAUCUUCACCAUGGUUCUCUGCUGUGGGAUCCGCAACGCCACCCCAGUGUACUAGAACCACGGAACCCUACUAGAACCACGGAACCAUAGAACUAGAGAACCACAGUGGAGGGGCUCAAACGUACAGAAAUCCUCUACAGAUCGAAGUCAACGAAGGGGAUUGAAAAUGUUACGUGUUGUAGUUCCUGGUUACUUCUUUUUAUAUUGCAGAAGUAUGUACAUUUCUAUCAGUAUUAUAAAUAGAGACUAGAUUUUAUUACAGUAUUUUCUAUGUUUUAACAAUACUCCUAAUAAGCAUUUCACUACACCCGCAAUAACAUCUGCUAAAUAUUGGUAUGCGACCAAUAAAAUUUGAUUUGACUGUUUGAGUCUGUCGAUGACCAACAGAUAUUCAGCAUCUCUCUAAUGCUAAACCUUUUACUACUUUCUUGUUUUCUUUGAGCCUUUUGUAUGUUUUCGUGAAGUACUUCUCCAAGGUUUUGUAUGUUUUCGUGAAGUACUCCUCCAAGGUUUUGUAUGUUUUCGUGAAGUACUUCUCCAAGGUUUUGUAUGUUUUCGUGAAGUACUUCUCCAAGGUUUUGUAUGUUUUCGUGAAGUACUUCUCCAAGGUUUUGUAUGUUUUCGUGAAGUACUUCUCCAAGGUUUUGUAUGUUUUCGUGAAGUACUUCUCCAAGGUUUUGUAUGUUUUCGUGAAGUACUUCUCCAAGGUUUUGUAUGUUUUCGUGAAGUACUUCAAGGUUGAAGAGUUCAGUGGUCUUUUUGUAUGGUGUAUAAACUGUACACAAUCAUUGUGUGAGUCCAAAAUGGCACCCUGUUCCCUUUAUAGUGCACUACUUUUCACCUCAAGGUCCAUAGGGCUUCAGUAAAAAGUAGUGCACUACUUUUCCCUCAAGGUCCAUAGGGCUUCAGUAAAAAGUUGUGCACUACAUUGGGAAUUGCCAUUUGGGACUAACCCACAGAUAGCGUGACAAACAGUGCUUUAGUUGGGACAGUGCUGACUGGUACAGAGUGCCAACAUCUCACAUUUCCUACAGCUUGAGUACAGUACUGGCACGUCUUAUAGAAUGUUAACUCUAAUAUACAGUACACACCUACUCAUUCAAGGGUUUUUAUUUAUUUUUACUGUUUUCUACAUUCGAAUCCCCGAGCUGACAAGGUAUAAAUCUGUCGUUCUGCCCCUGAACAAGGAAGUUAACCCACUGUUCCUAGGCCGUCAUUGAAAAUAAGAAUUUGUUCUUAACUGACUUGCCUAGUUAAAUAAAGGUAAAAUAAAUAAAACUGAAGACAUUAAAAACUAUGAAAUAACACAUAACAACACAGCUGGUAGAGAGAAUGCCAAGAGUGUGCAAAGCUGUUAUAAAGGCAAAGGGUGGCAACUUUGAAGAAUCUCAAAUAUAAAAUAUAUUUUGAUUUGUUUAACACUUUUUUGGUUACUACACGAUUCCAUAUGUGUUAUUUCAUAGUUUUGAUGUCUUCACUAUUAUUAUAUAAUGUAGAAAAAUAGUUAAAAUGAUGAAAAACUUUGGAAUGAGUUGGUGUGUCCAAACUUUUGAUGGGUACAGUAUAUAUAUAGGGCCCCAUAUAUAUAUAUAUACCGCACAGAACCUUUUCUUAUUCAACUUCAAGCACUGCCUGCCUAUGAACCACUAAUAAAAUAGCACCCUAUUCCCUAUAUAGUGCACUACUUUUGACCAUAGUUAUAUGGGGCCCUGGUCAAAAGUAGUGCACUAUAUACGGAAUAUGGUGCCAGCCUGUCCUUCCCUCCUCCAAGAUAAUGGCGCUAACAGGAAUGGCCAUGUAUAGUAAAGCUAUAUGGAUCUAAUUCAUAAUGAAACACAACUAAAUUGUGCAAAUUUACACUUCUUAUAAAAAACUUGUCUUCUUCUCUA